AUGGCGUGCCUCUUCCACGGCUCGGCACCAGUGCGAGCACCAGCCCUGAAAUACAACCCGGUUCACGGCUGGGAGGAGAGCUGUGACGCCGCCGUCUCCCACCUCCUCAGGACCUGUCUCUCCCGGAGCCCGAAGGACCAGGCCACAUCUCUGGCCCAGACCGGGAGCCCCAUGCUCGGCCUCCCCCAGGACACCGCCCGCCUUAAGAGGCACAUCACUGUGCUGUGUGAGCGCAUCGGCAAGGGAGGCCGCCUCACCCUGGCUUCUGAGAGCAACACCCCGGUCCCGGUCCAGGUCCAGAGCCUGGCUGCUCCAGGUGGUGUUGAGCCCAUCUCAGAGCUGGCGGGUGACCAGGACGAGCUGGGGCAGGAGGCCACCAAGUUCAUUAAGAAGAAGCAGGCGUCCAAGAAAGUCAAGAAAGAUAAAGAGAAGAAAGAGGUCUCCCCAGAGGCCUCACUGAAAGAAGAAGCAGGUGCAGAGGAGUCAGGGAAGGAGGCGAAAAAGGAGAAGAAGGAGUCUUCCAAGGAGAAGAAGGAGUCCAAGAAAGAAUUGAGCAAAGAGCCCAAAGAGGAAGGAAAGAAGGAGUCCAAAAAGGAAUCAUCCUCCUCCUCCUCUAAGGAGAAGAAGGAGUCAUCCAAGGAGAAGAAGGAGAGGGACAAAGACAAGGAAGGAAAGGAGACGAGCAAGGAGUCAGGGGAGAAGAAGGUGUCCAGGAAGUCGUCUGUGAAAGUGAAAGAGAAGAAGAAGGAGCCGGAGGCCGGGGAUGCCUGAUACACACACACACACACACACACACACACACACACACACACACACACACACACACCAGGGGCCCUGCUUGUAUAAAUAUGUAUAUACAGUGUUGGUGUAAACAUAUACAAGGCCACACACACACACAUGCACACACGCACACACACGCACACACACAGACACAGACACACACACACACACACACACACACACACACACACACACACACACAUGAGUAGUUAAGCAUAUAUUUAAAUGUAAAUAUAUUCAGUCAAGGCCAUAGAUCUCAGUAGCAAAACAAUUUCCUCCCAGACGCAUAUUUACAUCGUCUGGUAACAGCUGCUCUUCACACACACACACACACACACACACACACACACACACACACACACACCACAUCCAGUAGUUCUGGUGUGUGUGUGCUCUGGUCAUGUGGUGAGGUCUGAGCCCACGGAGAGCGAGGACAGAGGCGAAAUCCUCCUCUGACUUUUUUCGCUGACUCUCUCCUUCACUCCUUCCUCCUCCUCCUCGUCUUCUUCUUCGUCUGGCUGAACCCACAGCUCCAAGCCUCCCUAAUCCCAACCGGGGCCCAAACCACCCCCCCAACCAACCCUCCCUCCCCGCCCACACACACACACACACUUCUGGAUGUGACGUCAGACCCGCCCUCUCGCCCCCUCGCGUGGCACCGAGCCUCGCCAGAGCCUCCCCCGCCUCACCGCUAAGAACACACCGCCCCGCUGCGUCCUGCAUCCCAAUCGCUGUUUCCGGGGUAAAUCGAGGCCACAUCCUCCGGGGCCUCCACCAACCACCACCAGCAGCACCCCCUCUGACCUCUGCCAGUCUGCUUUGCUUGUUAAAGCCUGGACUCUCAAGGACAUGCGGCUGCUGAUGGACACAUAUUUGCUGCUGCUGCUGCGGGGUCGAACCUGAGACCGUUUCUGCUUCUGUGGAAACCAGCAGGGCGUUUUCUGGAACAAAUCAGGGUGCCAAUCUGAAGGAGGAGAGAGAGAGAGAGAGUUCAACACCCCGGGCUUCUUCUGCUCACACUCCACUUCACAUUUAUCAUCUGGAACAUCAGCAGCUUGUUCAACCGACUUCAUUCAGAGUCAGAUAUGGAGCUUUAGAGCCACGACACCGGAGCAGGUCGGAUUCAGAGACACCUUGAGUUUGAUUCCUUUGUGCAUGCUCUGAGAACUGAGGGUGAUUCGUGACGGUUAUCAAAACCAAACUUUGGCGUCAAAUAUCUUUUCUAGAUUCUAAUUAAUCAGUCAUUUCAAUUCAGAAGUAACAUCUCUUACUCUUCUUAGGUUCCUGGGGGAAGUCUUGAAUAACAGAAGGAUAACAGAAGGUACAGAAACAUUCAAAACAAGCGAUAAAAGGGGAUCUCUGCUCGUUUGCAUAAACAGAUUAGGUCAUGCACAGUUCCUUUAAAGUCAGGGUAAAGCAAUGGCGAGAAACCUCACUUAUUGAACAAGCUAACAUAAAAAGGAAUAACAACAUGUUUCAAGCAUCCUCAAGUCAGAUUUCUGGCACCAUCCCAACACAAUUCAGGUUUAUUUAAAUGUGUAUUUAGGUGCUCAAAGUUGCGUUCAAGAGCCCCAUGUCGUUACAGAAACGUCCUCCUGAACUGAUUUGUGAAAUGAAUCCAUUGUAACGAUCAAACUGAGCAAAGGGGACGGUUUGUGUUUGUGCUCUGCAGGAUUUAAUCUUCUGCAUGUCAUUUCAAUUCAGAAUGAGCAAAUCUUAAGGCUGGUUUAUUCUUCUGCGUCGCCCCUAGGCAGCAGGAGCUGACGCCAACGUGAGCGCCACAUACUUUCUGAUAGCCGGUCGCCUGUUUUCAGCCCCGCUACGAUCUCUGUGUCCUUUUCCACAGAGAUUCAGAGCGUGUUCUGUUAAUCUACAGCUGAUACAUGU